AUGAAAUCGAAAGAAGAGCAGAAACGCGAGUCUCUGAGUCGUGCUGGUGAUGAUUGCAGCCUCAGGGAGAUUCAGCUGCUGAGACGACUACAGCACAAAAACGUCAUCCAGCUGGUGGAUGUGCUGUACAACGAAGAGAAGCAGAAAAUGUAUAUGGUGAUGGAGUAUUGUGUCUGUGGAAUGCAGGAAAUGUUGGACAGCGUUCCAGAGAAGAGAUUUCCAGUAUUUCAAGCUCACGGGUACUUUUGCCAGCUCCUGGAUGGUCUUGAAUACUUGCACAGCCAAGGAAUUGUACACAAAGAUAUUAAACCAGGGAAUUUGCUGCUCACUACAGACGGGGCGCUGAAGAUCUCUGACUUGGGUGUAGCCGAGGCGCUCCACCCGUUUGCGGAGGACGACACGUGUCGGACGAGUCAGGGGUCGCCAGCGUUCCAGCCUCCAGAGAUCGCCAACGGCCUGGACACGUUUUCAGGCUUCAAGGUGGACAUCUGGUCUGCUGGGGUCACACUAUACAACAUAACCACGAGCCUGUACCCGUUUGAGGGGGACAACAUCUAUAAGCUAUUCGAGAACAUUGGGAAGGGUGACUACACUGUUCCUGAGGAGUGCGGCCCGCUGCUCUCGGACCUGCUGAGAGGGAUGCUGGAAUAUGAUCCUGUGAAGAGGUUUUCAAUACAGCGCAUCAGACAACACAAUGAACUUUUUAAUUGGCAGGUCCUGGAGGAUGAGGAGGAUGAGGAAGAAGAGCACGCUCCGGAGCGCACCUGUGCUGUGGCCAAACCGGUGUGUGUGAACGGGACGGAGUCGGCUGCACUCAAGCCCAAAUCCGAGCGGCGCUCCAGCUCUUCCUCCAAUCCCUCCAGGAAGGGCAUCUCCGCUGCCAGCAAGAUCCGCAAGCUUUCCACCUGCAAGCAGCAAUGACCCGGUGCUGCGCUGCACACCUGCGCUCCUCUGUACAGGUUUAUGUCGUUUCCCAGCAGUCCGUUCUAAACGCUGUUUUUUCGACGCACAUUUCUGCGGUGAUGAUGAACUCAAACGCAGUGCCAGGACUGACUUUACUCGAGAAUGCUGUUAAAGAGUGGAGACGCUUCCCACAAUCCUCCUCCGUGGCUGAGGAUCAUCCAUUCUGUUUCUCUGGCGCUCUCGGAUCGGACCCGACCUUCCAUUUAGUUUUAAACCUUCGUCUUUUAAUUUACAGUCAUUACCUGCAGUUAAAGAUGCAGAUGGUUUGAUGU